GUUUGUUUCAAUCCACUCAUGGCGCCCAUACAAUCCUCACAGGACAGCCUGGAUAGGCGGAAGGUCGUUGGCAUCAACCCCGAAACCGUGACAAACAUCACCUCGACAGACUUCCCCGGCCAUCAUGCAGGCGAAGAUCUCUCUUGGUCGCUCAAGAAAUUCUCAGAGAACCUGAAGAUCCAAUUCCACCAGAAUGAAAAACUGGAGGCUACAUUCUCCCUUAUCGGCGUCGAUGCUGCCAUUGCCAACGCCUUCCGUCGCAUCCUCCUCGCCGAAGUCCCUACCCUCGCGAUCGAAAAAGUUUACGUGCAGAACAACACCUCGGUGAUUGCAGAUGAAGUCCUUGCACAUCGAUUAGGUCUCAUACCAUUGAAAGGCAGCUUAGAAGGUCUAAAAUGGUUAAAGUGGUUCAUCGAGGCUAAUCCCGAAUACGGCUUUGACGGCAUGGAGCGAACAGACUACAACACGGUCGUCUUGAACCUAAAAGUCAGAUGCGAGCGCAACCCUCACGCUGACAAGAAUGCUACGGAGCCUGAAGAGAAAUACAUCAAUAGCAGCGUCUACUCACGGCAUAUAGUGUGGGAGAAACAAGGUCUCCAGGGGCAGCAGUUCGCGGAUGGACCUAUUGAACCAGUCAGCCCAGACAUCCUAAUCGCUAAACUGCGGCCGGGUCAGGAAUUGGACAUGAUCCUGCAUGCGCAUCUGGGAAAAGGCAGUGACCACGCCAAGUUCAGCCCUGUGGCAACUGCGACGUACCGACUGCUUCCAACUAUCACAAUUACCAAGCCGAUUCUAGGAGCCGACGCCAUAAAAUUCCAGAAAUGCUUCCCACCGGGUGUCAUUGGACUAGAGCGCGUGACAGCUAAGGAAGCCGACUCUGAUGAUCCUGCGCUGGCGGUCUACCGAGGACGUCAGGGCGACGAGAAGGCGGUCGUGAAAGAUCCAAUGCGCGACACGGUUUCCCGAGAAUGUUUGCGCCACGAUGAGUUCAAGGACAAAGUAAAAUUGGGCCGUGUGCAAGACCACUUUAUCUUCAACGUUGAGAGCACAGGACAGUUCCCAAGCGAUAUGCUCUUCGUGGACGCUGUCAGUGUGCUCAAGUACAAGGCCAAGAGGCUACUCCGAGCUCUAGAUGCGGUGGACAAAUGAGCCUUUUUGGUAUAUGAUGGUUAUGAUAUGUAUGCAUGGAGCACGGCGUCGCUAAGCAUUGCAAGGUGUUCUUCUGGCCCUAGAUACCUUGGACUGCAAAAUCAAAAAGUGGUUUUACU